CUAUAAAAGGUCACCGGGAGCACCGGGAAGAUCACUGCAGUCGACUCGAGUCUUGUCUGUGUCAUCUGUACCCUACAAAGCAACGACACCAGAGCUCAAAAUGGCCUUCGCAGGUGUACUGAAUGAUGCUGACAUCACUGCAGCCCUGGAUGCGUGCAAAGCUGCCGACUCCUUCGCCUACAAGGAUUUCUUCAAGGCCUGCGGUCUGGCCGGCAAGAGCGCCGACGACGUCAAGAAGGCCUUCGCCAUCAUUGACCAGGACAAGAGCGGUUUCAUUGAGGAGGAUGAGCUGAAGCUGUUCCUGCAGAACUUCAACGCAGGUGCACGCGCACUGACCGACGCCGAGACCAAGGCUUUCCUCAAGGCCGGUGACUCCGACGGUGACGGCAAGAUUGGCGCUGAUGAGUUCGCUGCCUUGGUUAAGGCAUAGAUCGCCAACUGACCAACCACAUCUGCUCUGAUGGAACAACGAUGCCCACGUCGACCUCCCCCCUCUUUUCAUCUGAAUAUAAAUAAUUUUUAUACAUUUGCUUAAGAGACGUUUCCUCCAAUGCAACAACACUGUCCAAAAAUGAUGAUUGUGAAUGUCGCUCGGUUGUGUUCAUGUCUUAAAUAUGAAUUUUGCUUACUGUAAAAUCUAUGAUGCACUUUCCAGGAACGAACGGUAAAAAAGAAUAAAGAUUCUUUUGCUACGGUCUUA